UGGGUGUUUAUAUUUAGCUGUUUAUUUAUCUACGACUAUUUCUUUUCUUCCUUUUCUUUUUUCUAUAUUCACUUCAAUCGCGGAGAUGAUAUGUGCUUUUUGCUUGGUUGGUUUGUUGGUGGGUUGUUGAUGUGUUGUGUUGACGGAAAUAGUCGUCAGGUAACUGUUUUCCUUUCUUCCUUCCUUCCUUUCUUUCCCGUUAUCUUUCUUAUACGGGCGCAUAAACGAUUAGAGAACAAAUUCACACCUCUUUUUUUCUCUUGUCUCGCCCUACCUUACCUUAACUUACACUCCUGUCUAAACACCCCCUCUCCCUCAAUACACUCCAUUCGUCUUGUGCUAAGCGUGCAGGCGGAUUAAUAGCAUACCUCCUCCCAGAUAUAUAAUCCAAGAUCAACACC